GAUUAUCCCACUGUAUUGUUUUCAACGAGGACGAGUUGUGCGCGAGUGUGUUGGGUGAAAAAAGAAAAGAAGAUAUCAAAGAAAAGUAAAGCCCAAAAACCGCCAGAAUCGUAAAGAGCGCGGCAUUUCGACAGCAUUUUUUUUUUUUGUCUCUGAUUCGCACAAUCGAAUGCGCAGCAGGCAUACAUAUCCACAACACGAUUUGACCAAAUGUGGUAAAAAUAGCAAGAGCAGCAGCCGCCGCCGCCGUCGCCGCUCCAUCGACGUCGCCGUCGCCGUCGUUGUUGUUUUUGUCGACGCCGACUCAAAAAAAAAAGAAAAAACCCACACAACAGCAGCAGCAGCAGCAGCAAUAAACGUAUCUAAUAGCGGCCCCAACUAAAAGUGGAGCAAAUCAUUUCAGUUACCAGGCGAAACGUGCAGCGCAAAACGCUUGAAGAGUUAAAGAAGUGCAAGUGCAGGCCGCCAAAGACGCACACGCAUAUACACCCACCUACCCAUACAUAUACAUAUACAUAUACAUAUACAUAUACACAUACACAUACACAUACACGUAUUUAAACUACAGAGCGCAGCGCCGCAAUGUCACGACCACGUCCGCGCCUCACACCCAUUGGCAUUUCGCGUGAGCCGGAACCGGCAUUCGUGCCGCCGCGUAACCUGGACUCACGGGCAACCAUACAAAUUGGCGAACAAACAUUUGACAUCGAUGCCGACAGCCUGGAGAAGAUCUGCGAUUUGGGACGCGGCGCCUACGGCAUUGUGGAGAAGAUGCGGCAUCGCCAGACGGGCACAGUGCUCGCCGUCAAGCGCAUCCCAAUGACUGUUAAUUUCCGGGAACAGCAACGCCUGAUUAUGGAUCUGGACAUAUCGAUGCGUUCCAGCGAUUGCCCCUAUACGGUCCAUUUCUAUGGCGCCAUGUAUCGCGAGGGCGAUGUCUGGAUAUGCAUGGAGGUGAUGAACACCAGCCUGGACAAAUUCUAUCCGAAGGUUUUCAAAAAUCAGCUAACCAUGGAGGAGCCGGUGCUCGGCAAAAUUGCGAUGAGCGUGGUCAGUGCGUUGCAUUAUCUGCACGCCCAGCUGAAGGUCAUACAUCGUGAUGUAAAGCCAUCAAAUAUACUGAUCAAUCGUGGUGGUCAGGUGAAAAUAUGCGAUUUUGGCAUCUCAGGCUAUCUAGUUGAUUCCGUGGCCAAGACCAUAGAUGCCGGCUGCAAGCCUUAUAUGGCGCCGGAACGAAUCGAUCCGCAAGGUAACCCAGCCCAAUAUGAUAUACGCUCCGAUGUCUGGUCGCUGGGCAUCAGCAUGAUUGAAAUGGCCACCGGCCAGUAUCCCUAUAAUAAAUGGCGAACGCCCUUCGAGCAGCUGCGUCAGGUGGUUGAGGAUGAUCCGCCCAGGCUGCCGGCGGGCUCAUUCUCCGCCGAGUUCGAGGACUUCAUAGCGACAUGCCUGAAGAAGGAGUACACGGCGCGACCCAACUACGAGCAGCUGCUGCGGCACGGAUUCAUUGUGGAGCAUUUACAGCGCAAUACGGACAUCUCCGAGUUUGUUGCCAGGAUAUUGGAUCUGCCCGAUGAGCAGCCAUCGCAGUAGGAGCCAAAUACGAUGAUCAACGUUUUGUGUACGGAUUCAAUGAGAAACAAACAAAACAACUGUAAAUUGCCGCCGUCUUCUACAUGCAUUUUUGUAUGUGUGUGCGUGUGCGUGUGCAUGCGCGCGUGUGUGUGUGUCUCUUUCUUCCACUGUGCAUGUGUGUGUGUGUGUGUGUGUAUGUAUGUAUGUGGAGCAAGAGAACUGCAAGAGAAACAAAUUGUUAGGUUAAGUACGAAAUCAAAUCAAUCACGCAUACAUACAUACAAUCUACUCUAUUAUAUAUAUAUAUACAUAUAUAUAUAUAUAUACUGCAAGGUAAUUUUUCGCAUUUGCGGCGCUCAAGUGAAAAUGAAAUGAAAUAAAAUUAAAUGCGAUUCGCAAUAAGCAAAAGUCUAUAGAAACAAAAACCAAACUGUGCCUCAGCCUGGGCAGCCCAGCCAGUUGCUGUCAAACUGUACUAUGUUAAACUUCUAGAUCUACAUAUAUAACACAAGAAUCCACUUACUGUAUCUACUGCAGCGUGCCACGUGCAACAUGCCACAAAAAUAUAAAAAAAAAAAAAAAAAAACCAAAAAAAAAAACGCAUCAGAAAUCGCCAAGCAAAUUAUGUAAAUUGUUAACAAAUAUACGUGAAAUAGCUAAUUAAUGUUGUAUGUAA